UUUUAUCUUACUCAUGCGUCAGUGAAUGCGGCGCUAAAGAAACGGAGGCGAGUAGCAGUGUUUCGCUUCACUUGAUAACAUAUUAUUAGUUAACUAUAAUAAACCAGUUAAUUAUAUAUCGUUUAAGUUUCUAUCGACAAGAAAUGAGCGACAACGAAAAGGAUUUUGGCGAGCGGGACUCGCGGUCCGCUUCCAGGAGUGUGAGCCCAAGGGCUUCUGGGAAGUCUGCCAGCCGCUCCCCGGCCCAUUCCCCAGCCCGCUCCAAAGAUGGCUCCAGACACUCCAGGUCUAAGUCCCAUUCCCGAUCUCGCUCCAAGUCCAGGUCUCGUUCCCACAGAAGCUCCCGCAGGCAUUAUUCCCGCUCUCGCUCCCGUUCCCACCGCCGCCGUUCCCGUAGCCGAUCCCGAAGCGGGGAAUAUCGCCGCCGUCGGAGCCACAGCCACUCACCCAUGUCCAACCGCCGCAGGCACAUUGGCAACCGGGCCAACCCGGACCCGAACUGCUGCCUGGGUGUGUUUGGUCUGAGCCUGUACACCACAGAGAGAGAUCUGAGAGACGUGUUCUCCAAGUACGGCCCCCUGGCUGACGUCAGCAUCGUCUACGACCAGCAGUCACGACGCUCCCGCGGCUUCGCCUUCGUCUACUUCGAAGUCCGAGAGGACGCCAAUGAGGCUAAGGACAGAGCUAAUGGAAUGGAGUUGGAUGGACGGAGGAUCAGGGUCGAUUUCUCCAUCACCAAACGACCACACACUCCUACCCCUGGGAUAUAUAUGGGACGGCCCACAUAUGGCGGCGACGGCAGCAGCGGUGGAGGAGGAGGAAGUGGCGGGCCCAGCUCAAGCUCAUCUCGCCGUAGCUCGAAGGAUUACGACCGCGGCGGUGAACGUGGUUACGACAAAGGCUAUGACCGCGGCUACGAUCGCUAUGACGACCGAGAGUGCUACAGGUCCUACAGGCGCAGGUCUCCGUCCCCGUACUACAGUCGAGGGGCCUACCGAUCUCGCUCACGCUCGCGAUCUUACUCCCCACGCCACUACUGAGCAGAGGGAGAAGAGGAGCAAGAUGAUACUUUGUGGGGUUAGGGCCAGGGGUGGGGUGGGGUGCAUAUCUGGGGAAGUUAGGGAAAUGGUAAAGGAUGUAAUUGUGAACUUGAUAAACAGUCAUAUUUUUUGUUUAUUUUAGUUAAAUUUAUUCAGUAGGUGGAUUUCUGUACAUGAGCUUAUUUCUGUCAGUCUUGCCCGUUGUGUUUAGAGAAGCUGUCGAUUUGUUAAUCCAGGGUUCUCCCCAGGAUUUUUUAAAAUGGUGGUGCUGCUGAGUGCAGCGAACACCUGUAAUUCCCAUUUCCUGCAAUCUAGAGCACAUUUUGGUUGGGUUGUUUUCUACAUAGUGGUGCAGCCAGUCCUCAAGGUGGCGCAGCACCCCUCUUACAUUCUUUGGGGAGAACCCUGUUUAAUCCAUCUGAUCUGUAUUUUGUAUCACCAGGCUCCUUUUUAAUGGGUAGAUGUGUUGAAGUUCAGUGACAUUUAGUGCACGAUAGGCUCUAGGGGAGAGGGCUCAAGGUAAAUGCAGCUCUAGGAUCUGAUUACCUUACCCCCAAUCCUAACCUUAACCUUUAGGUUGAUGAAAAAAUAUCUUACCCUUUAUCAGUGGUUAGGGGGUAACUUCUUCCUGCUGUAUGUUCGGGAGAGGGGCCAAGAGCUAGAAGCUCUACCCUAGUUCAAUGCUGUGUGUAUGGGUGUACCAUGAUUUUAAGUCUGCAGGAUUCCAAGCAAUAAUAAAACUGCAUCUUUUCAA